AUGCCGCUUCCCAAGUUUGGGCAUCGACGUGUCAAGUCCUCCUACGACCAGCCUCCGACACCGCCAGUGCUGGUCGUUCCCCACGAUGACACGCCGCCGCAGUCCAUCCUCAAGAGCCCCAGCCUGAGCCCGACGACGACCACGGAUACUCGCCGUUCGCUGCGUCACGACUCUAGUGCCUUGUCCGUUGACUCUUUGUCGCGAGAUUUCCAGCGAUUCGACACCAAGGACUCUGUGUGGUCGGUGGACGAGCCUCCCAGCCCGCGGACGCGCAGCUCCACCCCUGGCACGUCCAUCUCUUCGACCGCAGGCAUGUGUCCGCUACCAGAGAGCACGGAGCAGAACCGCUUUCCGUUCUUUUCCAUGACGCUCUCCUCCACCUCGACACUCAGCUUCAUCGCUCUGCCAGUCACCAUGCGGCCGCUGGUCCUGGACGCGAUCAAUCGGGCUUGGAAGCGGGGCAUCAAAUCGACAAACAGCGUGGAGUACGCUCCGGAGCUGAUGCAGUGGCACAAGAAGAAGGGCUGCGAUGGCGGAGUGUGGGAGGUCACUAUGAAGGACAACUGCUGGAUGCCGAAGAGCGAAGACAAGGUUGCAUCGAAACGCAUCAUCCUGUAUCUGAUGACUGCGUUCGCGAAGUGCGGGUAUGAGCUGGCUUCCUCGUUUACAGCGACCAUCAAGGACACGGGCAAGGACACUCUCAUGUUCAACACCUGCACGCCCGAUCCCGACCCAGUCUUCAUGGGCGUCGCGUUCUACGGAUCAGAUCGCAUCUGGAUCAUUGACGCCGAGGCGGACGUGGGUCAGGCGCUCGAGGACGGCAUCAAGGCGACGUGGGUGGACGGCGUGCGUGACGCCCGUGUCCGCGAGAGGCACUGCCGAGAACUGCGGCUGAGGAACAACCCAUGGACGGCGCAUAACGCCUCGGCACUGAUCUCGGCGCGGUGUAUCCAGGUUACCAUCAUGAAGCUUGUGACGUACCACUCGAACUACAAGUAUGUCGGCGCGAUCAAUAUGACUGAUCGUGACGAGCCCGGCAUGCCGCUCACUGUCUAUCGCCUGGACACCUCCACGCCGAGCAUGCCGUUCCCCAAGAUCGAGCCGAUCAGCGACCAGGCGCGGCAGUCGAUGGGUGUCGGCCUGUCGCACUCUCGUUCCCAACAUUAG